AUGGAGUUCCCUUCUAGCCCAAGUCAUAAGCGGAAACCUGUCGGUGAUCUCUUUAAUACCGAUUCUUCUGCCCCUGAAAAAGCCCCUCCGAGCCCUGUCAAGCGCACCAAGAUGCUAUCAGACCUCCAGCGCUCCCUUCGCCAGAACUGGCCUAUCAUGCGACAACCCUCUGCCGAGGUCCCUUUGACUAUCCGUGCCGACAGCAGCUAUCGCACCUACGCUGCCGACCAAGACCCGAAAGUCCUCUUCGAGAAAGCCACUCGAUACCUAGGCUCCAUGAGAGGCGUUGAACGCACGCCAGAGCAACAGGAGGUCCUUAUCAAGGAGAUUCAUGAGUCCAUCAUCCACGCAAUCUUUGGUAGCAACAGGAUUGAAGGUGCUGGACUUGGUUUCGACGUUACCCUUCAUCUUUGUCGCCAGAUCUUGCGAGGAGAGCCUGUCCCAGAGAUCGACGAGCGUGACCCGGCCUACGAGUCAAAGCUGUUAGAGCUGUACAACCACGACAAGACCCUGAAAGGACAGCCUCGCCAGUAUGUCCUUCGUGGACGCCGAGAGAUUGUUCAGCAUAUGAGAGCAUUCCAGCACAUCAUUCAUCAUUUUGUUGUCCUUGAAGAGGACAUGACAGAGGAUCUCAUCAAAGAAACGCACGCAAUCCUCUGCAAAGGGGUCUCGAUCAUCGACCCAGAACAUCCCGAAGUCCCCUACCAGAAGUACGCCGGACAGUACCGCACCGUCGCUGUGGGUGCUGGAAACACGAUGUUCGUGACGCCAAAGUUUGUCCCCGAUAAAAUGAGAGAGAUGUGCGCCAAUCUAAAGAAAGAAAUUGAAGAAGGAGAAGCUCAAAACUCGAUAGACCCAUUUUCUCUUUCCUCUAAGUAUUCGCUCAGGUUUGUCGAGAUUCAUCCUUUCCAAGAUGGCAAUGGACGCAUGUGCCGUAUGAUCCUGAACGCAAUUCUUUUCCGCUAUGCUGGUAUUGUCGUUCCUAUUGGCGAGAGGGAGGAGGACCGGGUUGAGUAUAUGAACAUUAAGAAGCGGGCCUCGAGUGAUAUGGAGGGACAUGGGGAAUAUGCCACUUUCAUAUUGAAGAAGGGAACGCGGGCUAUUCAGAAGUUGAAGCAGAAGCUUCACGGAAAGAAGUCAGCAUAG